AAGUAGAGUCGAGUGAUAAAAUUGUCAAACUUAAACAACAGAUACAUGAUAAAGAAGGCAUUCCCCCUGAUCAACAACGAUUUAUUUUCGCUGGCUUACAAUUGGCGGAUGAGCGAACCUUGUCAUAUUAUAAAAUCCAAAAGGAAUCUACAAUGCUUCUUGUACUUAAAUUACGUGGUGGAAUGUUUCAUGAAACUAGCGGCCGCACAGGAUUUAAUGAAUUACCACAGCUACCUCAACCUAAAGAACGCACAAUUCCUGAGAGAACCGUUGUCACUUUGAAACUUCCGACUACAAAAGAGGAAUUAUUAGCAUUGCUACGUGAGGAAGAAAGGAGAAGGAUGUCACCUGAAUUACAAGAAUUAUAUCGCAAAGUUGGUAAUGAUCCUACAUGUGGCAAAGAUUGGAUGGAUAUCACUGAUCAGAUGCAACAUGACUUGGUUCGAGAAUUUGGCUAUUCGGAUGAGGCUGUACAGCUAAUGCGGCGUGCUCCUCAACUUUAUCCAGAUGAUCCUGAAUUUCGUACCACUCAAGUAUAUGUCCGUAAUAAUAUCGCUCACAUUGGAAACCUUAAAGAAGGAAUGCAAGCACCAGAUUGUCCUCUUAUUCCUCUGAAAUAUUCUGACACAACGGUUCCAAAUGUGUCCAUGGAAGCUUCAGAAAUGACAGUUCCGAAUCUAUUUGUAGGAUCAACUGAUAAUACAGAUUCACCAAAACCAAUUUAUUUACGCUCACUUUGCCGAUUAGGACGGCCUCUAGUUCUCCUUGCUGGUUCUCAUACCUCACAUGCUAGUGAUGUUUGGCCGAUUGGUAAUAUUAUAGAUGUCAAAGAGCAUAAAACAUUAGCUGAUCGUUUAGCCGCAGCGGACGAAAUGGUUAAAGCUACAAAGUUAAAAAUUCCAGUCUUGGCAGAUACAAUGGAUAAUAACUUCUUAAAGUUAUACUGUCCUUGGCCGUUUCGCUUUUUCAUUGCUGUGGAUGGUAUUUUAAAACUUGUUGGGAUGCCAAAAGAGGCUCAUUACGAUACAACUGAUUUAGUUAAGUGUAUGCAUAUAAUUAUGAAAAAAAAUUAUCUAUGA